ACCAGUGGUCAGCAUGGUCCCCUGGUGACAAUCAGGCCCUAUAACCUCUAAUCUGCGCACGCACAGUAUUGCACAAUGACAAUAAUAACAAUAUUCUGCAGUCACUGAGCCGUAGCCUAUCAGCGCCUUUUGGGGCGUGACUAGAGUGGAAGCGAACUCAUAGCAUUAAAACGUGUUGACGCAAGGUUCGUACUGCUUCCAAGAUGGCGGUGACCAGUGAGGGAGUUGGUGGCGCUGGAUUGAAACGGGUUCAUUUAGGGAUCCCAGAGGCAGUGUUCGUGGAAGAUGUAGAUGCAUUUAUGAAGAAACCUGGAAAUGAGACAGCUGAUGCAGUUCUCAAGAAAUUGGAUGAGCAAUAUCAAAAAUAUAAAUUUAUGGAACUUAAUCUGACCCAGAAAAAAAGAAGGCUAAAGAAUCAGAUUCCAGAAAUUAAACAGACCUUAGAAAUUUUAAAACACAUGCAGAAGAAAAAGGGUACUACUGAACCAAUGAAAACUAGGUUUCUGCUAGCAGAUAAUCUGUACUGUAAAGCAUCUGUGCCACCUACAGACAAAGUCUGCCUUUGGCUUGGGGCCAAUGUUAUGCUUGAGUAUGAUAUUAAUGAAGCUCAGGCUUUGCUAGAAAAGAAUCUUUCAACUGCUUCAAGAAACCUUGGCUCUACAGAAGAAGACCUGGACUUCCUUAGGGACCAGUUUACUACGAGCGAAGUCAAUAUGGCUAGAGUUUAUAAUUGGGAUGUAAAAAGAAGAAACAAGGAUGACCCUUCAAAAAGCAAAGCAUAAUUUCUCCCUGUUUUAAAUGAGACCAGUUUCUAAGCAGAUUUUUUUAAAAAGGGGGCCUAACAUUUAUGAUGAAGGUAACACUCCUUUCGAGGGAGCAAGACUUAUUUGAGAGCAGGCACUGUUAUUUAUUUUUGUUCACCCAGAUUUCAUGCAUGCAACUUCUAUAUAAUGUCUGUUCUUCUCUUACUAAAAUAUCUGAAAGAAAAUUUUUUAUCUAAAGGUUUUGGUUUACUGUGUUCACAGCAGUUGCAAAACUACAGAGGAAAUAGACCCUUCGGCUGUAGGGGGGCCCAGGAGGUAUAGGGACCCCACAAGGCCCUAAUUCAUAUUCAAUUUCAAUAAAUAUUGGUAAAACAUGUCAAUCUAAAGACAUUUUGGGGGGCUGAAAAAUAAUUUGCUGUGCGGCUUAGUAAUAUCUAGUUAUGCCACUGGUUCACAGUCAUUCUUGCUCAUGAUGUUUAAGCCAUUAAUUUGACAGCACAGUUUCCAGAUAUUUUCUGGUAUAAUACAGGGCAUUGCAGGGUAGUAAUAAAAAUGCUUCUUCACUUAUAAUCCUUUUCUACUUACCAAUGUAGAGGCCAGGAGGUAAAAAUUACAUUAUAGUACAUCAUUCUAAAGUUAGUUUACUUUUUUUUCCAGUUCUCAUCACAAGCAUUAUCUUGUAUAAUGUAUUUUAUUGGCAAUAGUGUAAACCUGUUGGAAUAUAGUAAAGUUUUUUUCCUUUCA